AUGGAUCCUCUUUCGGCUGUCUCCCUCGCUGGGAAUCUGAUUCAAUUUAUUCAGCUGGGUAUGCAAAUAGUUGGCAAUGCCAAGGAGAUCUACGUGAAUGGUUCGGUGGCUGCAAAUAUCGACCUUGAAGACCUCACGAAGGAUCUACGCACCUUGACGCUAAAGUUGAAACUUCCGCCACGAGGUUAUACGGCGAGCCAAACAGUAAACGAGCAAGCACUCAACAAAGCGUAUGACCAUUGUAUUGAAAUUAGUGAUGACUUGAUUACCCACCUCAAAAAUCUAAAUGGACCUGGGCAUCGCGGAAAGUGGAAGAGCUUUCGCCAGGCGCUCGAAACUUCCUGGACAAAGAAGGAUGUGGAACGUAUUGCGAGUCGCCUUUCUGCGUAUCGAGCUCAAAUGGAACUGCAUUUGCUGGUAUCUCUCAAAGAACAUCAGAGUAUCACCUCCUUGAAGCAAGCGAAUGAUUUCAAGGCCCUAGAAAGAGCUGUUCAAGAAGAGGUCUCUAGGUUCUUUAGGAUCCAGAUAGCAGAUGCAGAGGAUUGCAUUCUCGGCAGCCUACGGUAUCCUACGAUGAUGGAACGAUACGAGGAGAUCACUGAGGCGCAUCGGAAAACAUUCGAGUGGAUAUUUCGGAAUCCGGAUGGUGAAAAGCCCUGGUCGGAUUUUUCUAAGUGGCUGCAGUCUCAAAAUGGUAUCUACUGGAUCAACGGCAAAGCUGCAUCGGGAAAAUCAUGCCUAAUGAGAUAUGUUUUCGAUGAUGCGCGAACCAAAAAGUGCUUACAAGAGUGGUCAAAUCAUAAUGAAGUGACCUUGGCUGGGUUUUUCUUCUGGAACAGUGGUACGACUGAGCAGAGAUCUCACAAAGGUCUUCUGCGGUCUCUGUUAUAUCAGUUACUCGGCCAACAGCGAAAACUUAUACCCAUUCUUUUUCCAGACUUAUGGAAGAAGGUCUACUUGGAGCCCGCCCGAUACGCCACUUCUCCAGGAUGUUUUCGUCGGGGUGGCAAUUUAUUGGCAAAUGAGAGUUGGAGCCUAUCCAAGUUGUCCAAACUUUUCAAGUCACUGAUGGACCUUUCAUCUUCGACAAAAAUAUGUAUUUUCAUUGACGGCCUCGACGAGUAUGAUGGAGAUUGUGCAGAGAUGAUCAGACUAUUCAACGAGGUUGCGAAUUUGCCAAACGCAAAGAUCUGUAUAUCAAGUCGACCGUGGAUUAUAUUUGAAGACGCUUUUAGGGUAUCGCCCGGUCUUCGACUCCAAGACCUAACAUACGAUGAUAUGAAGCAAUUUAUCAGCGACACCUUGGAGUCACACCCAAAAUGGGUUCAACUGACCAAAGAAACCCCUGUACAGGCCGGAGGCCUUGUGGAAGAAAUUAUGUCGAAAGCUAAUGGCGUCUUCCUAUGGGUUAGACUUGUUGUUCGAUCUCUGACUGAUGGAAUGACGAACCAUGACGAUAUUUCGGAUUUACAAAAGAGGUUGCGCCUGCUCCCAGCCGACCUCGAGCGAUUAUAUAACCAUAUGCUAUCCCGCAUCGACCCUCCGUUUUACCUCGAACAAGCUUCGAAGAUAUUUCAACUGGUCCGAAUGGCCCGGGAGCUGGAAACACUUUCGAAGGUCAACGAAGAGUUCCGACCCAAGCCUCUGACAGUGCUACAACUUUCACUUGCCUACGAAGAGAGCAUUCAAGAUUGUACAAAAUGGGAUGGUCUCAUGAUAGAACCCCAACAACUAGUACGCAGAUCACAGAGUAUGGCAGAUCGCCUAAAGACCAGAUGUGCGGGGCUUCUAGAGCUCGGUGAGCCGGUCAAGGAGCCCUCCAUGAAAGGCUUCGGUUCUUGGGGUACAUUUCCAAUGAAAAGCGUUACAUACAUGCAUAGGACAGUUAGAGACUUCUUGGAACGAGAGGACAUUUGGCGAAUGAUCUUGGGCCAGACAUCGAGCAUGGACUUUUCCGCAGGAUCGAGGUUGCUCAGCUCGUCUGUAGUUUGGGCCAAGCUCCUAACCGAACUACCGCAGCUGGAGUUGCCGGAGUGGCAGCAGCAGAAAUUCAUGUCAAGCGACAGGUGGGCUAUCAUAUUACAUACUAUGCUGCAAGCUUAUUUGGAAGAUGUUCUGGCUAGAAACUCACACUCAACGGCACUCGAUCAACUCGAUCAAACUAUCACGCUUCGAAAUUGGAGCACUUCCAAUCCGGAUGUUCACUGGGGUAAGGACCUCCCAUUCAUUCAUCCCACAAUACCGGGUGAACUUGAGAGGGGAGAGAACUCGAUAAUUUCAAUUGCAAUUGAAUUUGGCUUGUACUCUUAUGCUCGCUGCAAGAUUCUAAGGGACCCGAAGAUCAUCAGCAAUAUAUCUGGAAGGCCACUUCUUCAUUACGCCGUAUGCCCCUUCCCGUUUGGAAUCGAGUAUAAGACUAGGACGAGAAUAGUUAAACUUCUCUUGGAGCAUGGUGCGGAUCCAAAUGAAAGUUAUCCAUUGGUUUUUGGGUAUAACGGCCACGAGAACUGGAGUCCAUGGCAGACUGCGUUAUAUUGGGCCUAUUACGGAGAAGGUCCUAAGCUUGCAGUAUGGCUCGAGUUGAUGACACUCUUUAUUCACCACGGUGCGGAUCCUAAUGCAAUCUGUGACCACAAUUAUACAGCUACGCAAAUCGUCAGCGAGCUCCUUAGGAGGGCAUUCCCCGAUAGAGUUGAGGCACUCGAACUCUACGUGAGCUGUCACGGUACUAGAGAAGACUCCUCAACGUCGGCCGAUGAUAUAUUUUCGCCGCUUCUAGGGUCCCCUCGACCUGCCAGUCAUAGCUCAAGGGCCUCGCCGGAGACUUCUGUGUCCUGGUUUUGGGAAUCUAUCAUAAAAUGGAUAACCUCCUGCCUUGGGAGAUGA